AAAUGUCAAACUUAAGAAGAGGAAAACCCCCCAAAACAAAACAAACAAGAGAACAAACAAACAAACAAAAAACAAAAAAAAACACAUUUACCAAAAAUAUCAGUCUCUGUGUGAAUCACUUAUUUGAAUAAUAAAAUGAUGUUUAGAGAACAAUUGAUGAUAUAGAGAAUUUGUGAAAUGCUGAUUUAGUUUUGGAUGAAUAGAGCAUGUAAAUAUGUUCUUUCUUUCCAGCAUCUGUUGACAGUGCCCAGAAAAGUGAUGUGUCAAAAACCCAAAGAAGUCCCAGGACUUUGUCUGCCAUCUUGAAAUCCAGAACAGUCCCCAGGCCACUGAGUGUCCAGUUCAAAUCCCAAACAGAACUAACGCUUUUGAGCAAGGCAGAGAAAACGCUGGAGAGCCAAAUCCAAGUCAGUCUGAGGGAAAACUACAGCCAGAACUGAUGGAUUAAAAUUUCUGUUUCAUUAUGUCUAAUAUUGACUACAUAAUUUAACAGAACACUCCUCUUAGAUCACUGUAUGUGGUUGAAUGGUGUUGGCAGCAUUAGUGCCAUAAUAUUUCUCAUAUUUAUAGCUGUCAGAUUAUAGUAUCAGAUAACAUAACAGUCUGUUAUUAUUUUUUCACAUUCCAAUGAUAUUCCUCAGCUGACUGUGUGAGAAAUGUAAAUUAUGAAAAAAUGUUAUCUUGUCCUUUUCGGCGCUUUCACUGCAUUAUGUGGCCUUCAUUAAAAAUUGAGACUUUAUUAUUAAGCUUUUUCUGUCCAUACUUAGAAAAAAUGAGUCUAUUCUGUUCAUCUGGAUGUAGCGUUCCAGAUGAAUAUAGUGCCAAAUCACAGCAACAGCUGCCCCAAAGCGCUUUAUAUUGUAAGGUAAAGACCCUACAAUAAUAUACUGUAAUUCUUCAUGUCUGUGUAAAGCUUUGUGAGUAACUUAAAGGAGAAACGUUCACAGAGCACCAGGGAGUAUUCUUCUGUAAUGUGUUCCAGUAAAUUAAAGGAGAGAGGUUUUAAAUAGUGUACUGUAUUGUUGGGUUCUUGGAGACCUGGAUUGCAAAUACAAGUGCACAAUGGACUAUUAAGGAGUAUUAGUACUAAAAGAAAAACCCAUGCUGAUUGGCUUGUUUGACUGGUUUGCAUUAGCAGCAGGUGUACAGUAGGCUGAGGUUGCUGCCUGUACUUUGUUUCUUACAUCAUACGCUGAUGAGUCAGAGGGACGGACAAACAAGGACCAGGAAAAAGCUGGUGUAACCCAGAGUCACCUCAGCCUCAGCAAGAAGCAGGAAAACAUAUUCAGAGAAGGAAGGCUUCUCACAAAACCAGACCGAGGAGGAAGUUGAGAGAUGACUGAGGACUUGGAGGAGCAGGAAGACGAGCUGCUCGCUCUCCAGAGUAUCUUUGAUGCGGACGAGUUUGUUCGGGAUGAGUCGAAGUCUGCCGGAGAAAUCCGAGUAUGUGUCGAGCUUCCUGCCGGCUUCAGCGUGGCUCUCAGAGAGGGUGAAAGUCUGCGUCAGUAUGAUAUUUCUUUCCUUCCACCGCUGCUUUUGAACUUUGGGCUUCCUGGGGACUACCCCUCCUCCUCCCCUCCUUCCUUCAGCCUCACCUGCAGCUGGCUGACUCGCACACAGUUGGCUGCACUGCGUGCUCAUCUCGGUGAUCUCUAUGAGGCCACUGGGGGCGCUGUGGUGCUCUUUUCCUGGGUGCAGUUUCUCAGAGAAGACGCUCUGAGGUUCCUGAACAUCCACAGUAAGCUGGAUCUUCCUCCUGAUGAACGCAGCACCCUGCAUUAUAACCAGGACCAACACGAUGCUGAACCCUCAGGACCAAAGAACAAUUCAGAGCCAGAGUUCUCUGUACCAUCCUCGGAAGUUCAGGAGAAUCCUUCUGACGGGAGCAGCACAGACUCUCAGGGAGCUUCGGCUUUAGACUCCUGCAAGCAUGACCAGAAGGAUUUGAACUCUCACCAGAGCCAGAGUGAUCUAACCUCAGAUUAUCAAAGAGCUCUUUCUCCAGAGCCUGCACUCCAAAACCAAACUGCACACACUCCAGAUGUGACAAUCCUCCAAGCCUCAGAGUUUAAGGUUGAUCCCCAGGAUGAUCUUUCUUCAUCUGCAGAGAAAUCCAAGAAUCAUCAAAGUGGCUGGGGAGAUUUCUCAAAUGAAGGAGAUGCUUCUCUCUCAUCGCUGCUUCCCUCUACCUCCUCAGGCACGUUAGAUCCAAGUGAACUUGGAGCUGCUUCUCUGCCGGUCCACCCCACAGAUUCUCCUCAGAGUGAAGAGCAAACCCUCUCUGGUCUCUUUUUAACUCCAUCACAGACUCUGCUGUCCCACAUUUUGAUCUAUAAUGCGGCCCAGAAACAGAAAGUGUUUGCCACCACCGUCUUUGACUGUGGGGUUUGUUUUAUGGGCCGACUCGGGUUCGAGUGCGUGAAGCUGUCACCGUGUGGCCACGUCUUCUGCCGGGCCUGUCUCUGCAAGUUCUGUACGGUUCAGAUCACAGAGGGGAACGUCCGGGGUGUCACCUGUCCUCAGGCAGACUGCGCUGGUGCUCCUACACCUGCACAGGUGCAGAGUCUGGUAGGGGAGAAGCUGUUUGACCGCUAUGACCGUCUCUUGCUGCAGAACACUCUGGACAGCAUGUCUGAUGUGACGUACUGUCCUCGAACAUCCUGUGGCUCUGCUGUGAUUUUGGAGAAGUCCAGCAAGGCAGCGCUUUGCUCUGAGUGUGGCUUUGCCUUCUGCGUCACCUGCAGAAAAACCUACCAUGGAACGGGGAAGUGUGAGACCAAGAAAAAAUAUGCUGAAAGAUAUAUAAUAGACCUGCCACAGUCACAAGAGGGGAUGAAGGCUCUCUGGGAGGACUAUGUCAGUGGCAGCAGGGAGAGGAAACGCCUGCUGGAAAACAGAUAUGGCUGCAAUUUACUGGUGUCCAUUAUGGAAAAAAACCUAAGCGACAACUGGAUUGCCAACAAUAGCAAGAGCUGUCCUGAAUGCUUCAGCAGAAUAGAGAAGGAUGGAGGGUGUGACCGGAUGAUGUGCACUCGCUGUAAGAGGAUUUUCUGUUGGAACUGCCUCACCAGACUGACUCCAGAAAAUACAACCGAACACUUUUAUGGGGGUCAAUGUUCUUCCUAAUUCUAACCUCCCCAGCUAUCAGCUACUUGAAUGUGUUUUUUUGUUGUUGUUUUUUUUGCAUUUUUAAAUAUUUAUUGUGUACAUCUUUAAAGAUAACCUGUAUAAAGGCAGACAGGACAGCAAUUAUUUUAAAAUGUUUUUCUUUAUCAGAAAAUGGAAAAAUUGAUAUUUUACAUCUUGUUACCACGGGUUUCUUCUGUUGCUUUAAAAGUCAUUCCCAAAUGACACCAUGUGUCAUACUGUCUCAUAAUCAGCAGGGGGCACUAAAAACAGGCACAAAAAACAAACUUUUGGUUCCUUAGAAAACACAAAGUGCUGUAAAUUAACAAAGAUUGCCCUCUUUGGCUGUUUUAUUUGCCUUAGGCCGCAAUGAAGCAUUUGCACCAAAGGUGUAUGUUCUAACUCAUUAUAAUUUGUGGCCUUCACUGUCAAUAUACUGAUCAGUUAUUCUUUAAGUUAAUGGACAAAUUAUGUGGUCAGAAAACAGACACAUUUGCCAGAGCCCUAUUUUUUUCAAACCAACAGUUCAAAAA